UCAAUUCUCAGUUUAUCCCGAGCAACAGCAACCGCUGAAUGUGCAGUGCAACUUUGAAAUCCUUUUCAUAAGUGCGGAACAGUGGACAUAAGUGAUAGUGAAAAUAUAGCUAGAUAACUUGAAUUAAUACUUAAUUUGAGUUAAAAACAGAAGCAUACGAGUGUGUAAAGGUACAACAAAAUCAAAACAUACGAUUUUGACCAAUAGCUGUGCUCGAAUUCGAUAGCGGCUGAAGUCAACCUCGCUUCCGAUUGGCUAAUAUCCACAGUUUUGCGACGUCUCUCCAACCUUAUAAAUAUCAGCGCAAACUCACGCCGGACCUCUUUUCCACAGUGUUAAUUCAGGGGGACUCUUACCGGGUUAUUUUAGUGAGCUAACUCUAAUUCAGAAUGCCGGAGACAUCAAAAAUGAAUGGAUAUGCUAAAACAAAUGGACACAGUUUUGACAUGGAAGAUGGAUCAGUGUUUCUGUUCACAUCUGAAUCAGUCGGCGAGGGACAUCCAGACAAAAUGUGCGAUCAAAUUAGUGAUGCUAUUCUCGACGCACAUCUGAGACAGGAUCCCGACGCUAAAGUUGCAUGCGAAACCGUCACAAAGACUGGCAUGGUCUUACUAUGCGGUGAAAUUACCUCAAAAGCCAAUGUUGACUACCAGAAGGUUGUGAGGGAUACAGUAAAGCACAUUGGAUAUGAUGACUCUUCUAAAGGGUUCGAUUACAAGACUUGCUGUGUGAUGCUUGCGCUGGCCCAACAGUCACCAAACAUUGCUGCAGGCGUGCAUGAGAACAGAAAUGAUGAAGAAGUAGGAGCUGGUGAUCAGGGUUUGAUGUUUGGCUAUGCCACUGAUGAAACAGAAGAAUGCAUGCCCCUGACAGUGGUCCUAGCACACAGACUAAACCAGAAAAUUGCUGAACUCAGGCGAAAUGGUGAAUUCUGGUGGGCCCGUCCAGACUCCAAGACUCAGGUGACAUGCGAAUAUAACUUUGUUGGUGGCGCCACCGUGCCACAAAGGGUACACACAGUUGUGGUUUCUCUUCAGCACUCUGAGAAGAUCACACUGGAGACAUUGCGCGAAGAAAUCAAAGAAAAAGUAAUCAAGGAGGUGAUUCCCGCACAGUAUCUGGAUGACAAAACUGUGAUCCACAUCAAUCCAUGUGGACUCUUCAUUAUUGGUGGACCUCAGUCCGACGCGGGCCUGACAGGCCGCAAGAUCAUCGUCGACACAUAUGGCGGGUGGGGCGCGCACGGCGGUGGCGCCUUCUCGGGCAAAGACUUCACGAAGGUGGACCGCUCCGCCGCCUACGCCGCGCGCUGGGUCGCCAAGUCGCUCGUCAAGGCCGGCCUCUGCCGUCGCUGCAUGGUUCAGGUGUCAUACGCUAUCGGCGUCGCCGAGCCGCUGUCGAUCUCCGUGUUCGACUACGGCACAUCCCACAAGAGGCAGAAAGAGCUCCUCGCCAUCGUAAAGAAGAACUUCGACCUGCGGCCGGGCAAAAUCGUCAAGGAACUGAAUCUGCGAGCGCCCAUCUAUCAGAAGACGAGUACAUACGGCCACUUCGGGCGCGAGGGCUUCCCAUGGGAGAACCCCAAGCCGCUGGUCGUAGAAUGACUUCGGACUUCGUAUACUUAGAACAUUGUAAAUAUUCCACCAGUAUGUUAUAAAUAAUACACUUAAUCUACGUGUGUCUUUGUAGCGAGGGCGCGAGAUGUUGUCGCUGACUGUACACGAUAAAUGUUUUCGCCGCGCGAAUCUCGCCCGUGGAACUGCCGCGUCUCGCCUCCACAUGACAUUCGCCCGGUUGCAUCCGCGAGAUUCACCGUAAUCGUUAAGUAUUCACUAGUUUAGACACGUAGGUUUAACACGGUGCCGUCAUUUCUGAAUUUGAGUUAGUUCAGGGGUUCAAACGGCAGUCCGAUCGUUCGAGAGCACCAUUUUAAGCGAUGAAUUUUGUGAUUUUAUUACACUGCCUGUACAAUUUUAUUUUUUUAAACCUGUAUGAAUUUUUAUCCAGUGAGCUAGAUUGCAAUUAUGUUGAAAGUUCUAUUUUACGCGAAUCACUUAAACGAUGGACUGUCCUCAAUCUCGAAAUGUUCUUUGAGCUUUAUGAUGUAAGUGCUAUGAUUUGCGGUAGAGUAGACUACUUCCUCGGUCGCGUCACAGUGCAGCGAGCGCGCGCGGCGGCGGCCGGCUGCCGCGUGCAGUGCUGGUCACUGCGUGUGUGCAGUGCUGAACAUUACAGCGCUGCAUACUGCACACUGUCACUGUGCAGCGUCGCCGCGCGUCCUCGCUCACUGCAAAUGUGCGGCGCGCAGGGGCGGGGCUUAAAUGAUUUUGCUUCCUAUUUUAGUUGUGAUGAUAAGUGUCAGUUAACUGCCUCGUACGAUGUAAAAUAAUGCGUUAGUAAAUUUAUCUCCACCGCGCCCCCCGCGCGUCUCGAUUUGUGUUGUGUUUCUGAAAAGGAAGCCAGUGGAAAAGAGCCAUUUUGAAAACACACCGACCCGUCCGCGGGAGUAGUGCACUGUGCAUUUAAUCCGUUUUAAUGAUACUGUAAUUCCGCCGGUAGGUUUAACGCUAACCGUACGUUAUGACAUUAGGAAUUAACUUAGAGUUUUAUCUAUUUGUAAGGCGGUCAUUGAGUACUUUGUGAUUAUAUUUUUCGAUCUGUUUCAAUUUCGACCUGUUAAAAGUUUCUAAUUGACUUCUGUGGAUUUAUCGA